AUGGUAUGUAAUGUUAAAUUGGCCCUUUUAGGCAUGUACGACGGCCCCCCUGACAAUCCGUUUCUCAACUUCCGCACGGAAUACAUUCCUCAGCAGUCGUCUCCAUUUUACAAUGAAUUACCUCUCCACAUGUUCGAUGUCCCAACUGCUGCCGGAAGCCCCGAAACCAUCAGUCGCAAUGUGUUCGAGAAAAUGCCGAGAACCGAAGCACAUGUCAGCCCCGUUUUGCCCGGUAACAAUCACCAUCGACGGCCAGGAUAUUUCGAACAGCUGGCUGGCAUGGGACUCGGGAUAGGAAAGUGA